GGAGAGAAUUCGGUGCCGGACAGAUUCCGUUGACAUUGCUGAGGAGGAGGAGGUGGCGGGGAAAGGACUGGCGUUACCAAACCGAAGGUUUUCCUGAAGGCAGCCGCUUCUUAGCUGUGAAACCGGGACACGGAGACAGUCAUGUAUCGGCGGCCGCUGCAGUCCGCCGUCAGGAACUUUAUCAACGUGACAGCGUCCAGAGCCGCCUACGGAAAGGUUGUGGAUCAGGAAGCCUGUUGUGUCAGAGCUUGCCAACUGGCCAGAGUCCCCUCUCCGUGUUUAAAACCAUGUCGGACACUGCACACCACAACACAGCUCUGCAACGUGAAAGAGACGCCCCAGCACACGGAGGAAGAAGUCGGGGCCUUCACCAAGCUCAUUGAGGCCAUGGGCUUCACCGGACCGCUCAAAUACAACAAAUGGAAAAUCAAGAUUGCUGCCUUGCGCAUGUACACAUGCUGCGUGGAGAGAGUCAAUUACGACGAGUUCUUUGACAAGUGCUCCCUCCCCGACACACUCAACUCUUGGUUCUUGGUAGCGCAGCUACAUGUGUGGAUGUGUUUGGUGCGGAUGCGUCAGGAGGGCCGAGAAGGGAAGUACAUGUGCCGUUACAUCGUCCACUCCAUGUGGGAGGACGUGGAGCAGAGGAGCAAAAUCAUGGGGAUUGAUGCCAGCCAUAGGAAGGAAGGAAUGAAAGCCAUGACGGAGACGUUUUACGCAGCAAUAUUUGGAUACGAUGAGGGAAUCCUGUCUGACGACUGCGUGCUGGCAGCGGCUCUGUGGAGAAACCUGUUCAAUUGCCAGUGUGAUGACCCCAAACAGCUGGAGCUCAUGGUGGAAUACGUACGCAAACAGAUGCAGUUCAUCGACGCCCUGGACGGGGAGGACCUGAUGCUGACCGGCGAGGUCAAGUGGCGCCCUCUGGUGGAGGAGAACGCGCAGAGCAUCCUGAAGGUGGCCACGCCCACCUACAACGACACGGGACUGUGAGACGGACGCGGGACACACUCGGCUCUCCUCUCCUCCACAGUCCUCUUCUUCCUCUGACCUCUCCUUCCCCUCCCCGUCACUUUCUCUGUCACUUUGGUCGUCUCUCAUACCUGUAACCAUGUCACGUCUUAGGGCUGCAGCCAACCAUUAUGUUCAUCGUCCAUUCAUCUGUGGAUUAUUUUCCAGGAUGAAUGGAUGAGGUGUUCGGUCUCUGAAAUGUCUGAAAACAGAGAAAAAUGUAAGUCAGUGUUUCCCGAAGCCCAAGAUGAUGUAAUCCAUUCAGUUUACUGUCACUUUUGGAGUGAAGAAACUAGAAAAUAUACCAAUAUUUACCAAGCUAUAUAUAUAUAUAUCUCUCCUCUCUGUCAUAUUUUAAAUUGGACAUGAGAUCUGUUGCCGUAGCGUUCUCAUCCUCUCCUGUAUUUCCUUUUUUUUUUUUUCCUCUUCUUUACCCAAAACACAACUUCUUCCUCUCCUUACCUUCAGCUUCUGUCUCUGGACGCUCACUACAGGCAGGAUUAUCUUACACACAAACACACACACACACACACACACACACAC